AUGACUCACUCACCAUCAUUAACUACCUCCUCCUCGCCUCUCCCACAGCAGCAAGGGGACAAAAUUUGCUGGAAUUGCAAGACCACACAAUCUCCUCUGUGGAGAAAGUUCAAUCCCACUGAACCUGACUGCACUCCAGGACUUGGUGCUUCUUCUAGCACCACCACUACUACGAAGUACUUGUGCAACAAAUGUGGACUCUUUUAUAAGAGAAACAAGAAACAACGACCACUGGAUUUGGAUGGUCCUGUGAAUGGAAGUGGCUCAGAAUCGCCAUCAUUUGUUGCCUCACCUUCUUUGUUAAAUUCUCCAAAAAAGAAGAAAGCUGUGCCACAUCAACAGACGAAGAAGAGAACUCAGGAUGAGUUUUUGGAAUCAUCUUCUCCCUCUUCGUAUGAAUCCUCACCAAUUGUCUCUGUUGAGUCCAAGAAGAAGAAACAAAAGAAACCUCAAACAAAUGCAUUGACCUCAGUGACUUCGUAUUCUUCAAGCACAACUCUCACUUCUUUCACCUCCUCACUUAAAGAGACUGUUCCUUCUCGUCCUACAUUGUCAAGAGCUAUAUCGUCAAAUGAUAUUGCCGAUAUUCAUAAAGCUGCUGCAUUGACCAUUGACAAUGAAGACUUGGAUGCUAUUCUCGAGUCUACAAAGAAAAACACACAUGUCAGCAAUGGAGACUCCUAUCAAGGAUUUGGAAGUCCAAUUAUUCAGCACUCAUCAACGUAUUCUAUUGUGAAUUGUCAAAACAUGUCCCAAACAUGUGGACAACAAGCCAAUCAAGUUAAUAAUCGACGUGUGACAAGCAGCUUUAAAGCUAAUGCUGCUGAUACAUUGAACCAAAUUUUAUUGACAUUAGAGCAGCCAUCUACACCAAAUGGUUUCACUUCGGUUGCCUCUCAAUCAAGAACAACUACUGACACGGUCCCAAUUCCAUCACACAUCAUUGACUGGUACAAUUCUGAUAUGCUGGUAUCUAACCAGCCUUUUAAUGGCAGAUCAUCGCUUGAAAUGGAUGUUAAUACUCUUGCCGAAUUGUUUGGUGAAGAUCAACUGGGCCUUUUUGACUAA